AUGAAGAUCAAAGGGCUGAGUGCAGCUAAGCUGUUGAAGGAGAAAGGGCUGAGUCCUGUGGUUCUGGAAGCUAGAGAUCGGGUUGGUGGACGGACCUUCACCGUACGGAAUGAGCAGACUAAGUAUGUUGACCUAGGUGGGGCCUACAUCGGGCCUACACAGAAUCGGAUCCUCCGAUUGGCUAAAGAGUACGGAGUCGAGACCUACAAAGUCAACGAGGAGGAGAGGCUGGUGCAUUAUGUAAAGGGAAAGUCCUACCCAUUCAGAGGCUCCUUCCCCCCCAUGUGGAAUCCAUUUGCCCUGAUGGACUACAACAACCUGUGGAGGAAGAUGGAUGAGAUGGGCAGCGAGAUCCCCAGAGAGGCUCCAUGGAGGGCUCCCCAUGCUGAGGAGUGGGACAAGAUGACCAUGAAGCAGCUCUUUGACAAGAUCUGCUGGACCAGUUCUGCGAGGCGGUUUGCCACUCUGUUUGUGAACGUGAACGUGACCUCUGAACCCCACGAGGUGUCGGCCCUGUGGUUCCUCUGGUACGUCAAGCAGUGUGGAGGGACCAUGAGGAUCUUCUCCACCACCAACGGAGGACAGGAGAGGAAGUUUGUGGGCGGUUCCAGCCAGAUCAGUGAGUGUAUGGCCAAGGAGCUGGGUGAGUGUGUCAAGAUGGAAUCUCCCGUCUACAGGAUCGACCAGACAGGGGACAUGGUCGAGGUUGAGACUCUCAACAAGGAAACAUACAAGGCCAAGUAUGUGAUUGUGGCAACCGCCCCUGGUCUGAACCUGAAGAUGCACUUUAACCCCGAGCUGCCCCCGCUCAGAAACCAGCUGAUCCACAGGGUCCCCAUGGGCUCUGUCAUUAAGUGUAUGGUCUACUACAGAGAUAACUUCUGGAGGAAGAAAGGGUACUGUGGCACUAUGGUGAUCGAGGAGGAAGAGGCCCCCAUCAGCUUGACUCUGGAUGACACAAAGCCUGAUGGGACUGUGCCUGCCAUUAUGGGCUUCAUCCUGGCCCGCAAGUGUAGGAAGCUAUGUGAACUGACCAGAGAGGAGAGGAAGAAGAGGAUCUGUGAGAUCUACUCCAGAGUGCUGGGCUCAGAGGAGGCUCUGCAUCCUGUGCACUACGAGGAGAAGAACUGGUGUGAGGAGGAGUAUUCUGGAGGCUGCUACACUGCUUACUUCCCCCCUGGUAUACUCACCCAGUACGGCAAGGUUCUCAGGAAGCCAGUAGGCAGACUGUACUUUGCAGGCACAGAGACAGCUACUGAGUGGAGUGGCUACAUGGAGGGGGCUGUUCAGGCAGGGGAGAGGGCCGCCAGAGAGGUGAGAGCCUUCACAAUGCAGUAA